AUGGAGGGGCUAAGGUGUGUACAAAUAAACUUACAACACAAUAAGGCCGCCACUGCCCUUCUGGCUAGGCAGCUAAAAAGCGACAAGUUCGACAUUGCUCUUAUUCAAGAACCAUAUAUUUACAAGGGAGAGAUAAGAGGCUUAAAUGGUACUGGCGGGACGAUACUGUAUAUCUGCCCCGAGAGUAAUACGAGGACAUGUAUUUAUGUUAAAACCGGCAUUGAUGCUAUGCUUCUAAAUGCUUUCUGUUCCAGGGAUCUGACCACGGUCAAGAUCCUGAAUAAAGGGGGGGGUAAGGCACUAGUCAUCUCAUCAGCCUACCUUCCCUACGAGGCGGCGGAUCCCAUCACCACACAACUGCGGGAUCUUGCUGACUACGGCAGCCGGGCGAACACUGACCUGAUCAUCGGCUGCGAUGCGAACGCACACCACGUCAUCUGGGGAAGCUCGGAUGUCAACAGAAGAGGAGAGAAGGUACUGGAAUUCCUGGUAAGCUCUUCACUACAACUCUUAAAUAAAGGCAAUGAGCCGACAUUCGUCAAUGCUAGGCGAGGUGAGGUCAUUGAUAUAACGCUAGCGUCCAACAACGCAAGUAAUAAAGUUAGUUCAUGGCAUGUCUCUGGGGAGAUUUCUUUAUCGGACCAUAGAUAUAUAUGCUUUAGGUAUACCACUAAAAUCAAAGUAGAAGUUAUACUAAAACGGAAUCCCAGGAAUACCAACUGGUUAUCGUUCAAGGAUGACCUUAAGGCGGACCUGGGAAACCCCAAUGGUAAGCUAAACUCUAUUACUGACAUAGAACUUGAAGCUGACAAAAUAGGGCAAGCCGUCCAUACGGCUUGGACAAAUAACUGCCCGGAAAAGAAAAUCCUGGCGAAGAAGGUACCCUGGUGGAAUCCGGAGAUAGCAAAACUCAGGAAAGAAACUAGGGCUGUCUUCAACGAUGCCAAAAGAAGUAAUGAUUUUGAGCUCUACGCGCGAAAACUCACAGAGUAUAGCAAGGCAGUGAGGAAAGCGAAAAGGAAAGCGUGGAAAAACCACUGCGAUCAAAUCGGUUCCAUUCCGGAAGGCAUGAGACUCACGAAGGCACUAGCCACAACGAAGUCAGUCCCACUCACCUCUAUUAGAAGGAGUGAUGGUGGAAUGACUGAAACGGGGCUAGAGACCCUCAAGGCAUAA